AUCUCCACCGUCGCCAUCAUGGAUCUUUACGAGCUGCAGAGCAAACUGACGCUCUGGCUGGAGGAAGCCUCGCAUGCAUUCCAGAGGGUGCCGGGCUCGGCCGUCCUGAUUCGCUAUGUCAGGUCCAGCUACCAGAACGAUCCUGUCCGCUCCGCCAUCGAGCUGGUCCUCGUUGUGUUUUUCAUCAGGUACCUGAUGGCACCAUCUUACUCUACCCACAAGCAGAACUUUAUCAAGCUGCGCGAGGAUGAGAUCGAUGAACUGGUUGAAGACUGGACACCAGAGCCACUUGUUCCAGCAAGGACAGCGCAGGAGGAGGCCGAGGCGGAGAAGUUGCCCGUGAUUGUUGGACCGACAGGGCCCAAGACGAAGCUCGCGAGCGGACGCACGGUUACGAACCUCUCGACAUACAACUACUACAACUUCAAUGCCAACGAACAGAUCAAGGAGAAAGCGAUCCAGACCCUGCGGACGUAUGGCGUGGGCCCUUGCGGUCCGCCGCAGUUUUACGGCACCCAGGACGUUCACAUGAAGACCGAGGCGGACAUUGCGGCCUACAUCGGCACCGAGGGCUGCAUCAUCUACGCGCACGCCUUCUCGGCCGUCACGAGCGUUAUCCCUUCGUUCUGCAAGCGUGGAGACGUCAUCAUUGCGGAUCGCAUGGCCAACUAUUCCAUCCGCAAGGGGUUGGAGCUUUCGAGGAGCAACAUUCGGUGGCACGGGCAUGGAGACAUGGAUGAGCUGGAGGCGGCCAUGGCAAAGGUCGCCAAGGAGCAGGCCAAGAACAAGAAGCUGACGAGGCGGUUCGUCGUCAUUGAGGCGUUAUCUGAGUUGCUUGGAGAUAUUGCCGACCUGCCAAAGCUGAUUGAGCUUAAGGAGAAAUACAAGUUCCGCCUGAUACUUGACGAGACAUGGUCAUUUGGCGUACUGGGUCGCACUGGACGCGGACUGACAGAGGCGCAGAACGUGGACCCGACGCAGGUGGACAUGAUCGUGGGCUCGAUGGCCGGCCCUCUGUGCGCGGGCGGUGGGUUCUGCGCGGGCUCGCGGGACGUCGUGGAGCACCAGCGCAUCAUGUCGACGGCCUACACCUUCUCGGCGGCGCUGCCGGCCAUGACGGCCGUGACGGCCAGUGAGACGCUGAACCUCCUGCAGUCGAACCCCGAGAUCCUAUCGCAGUGCCGUGAGAACAUCAAGGCGCUGCGGGCGCAGCUCGACCCUCGCUCGGACUGGGUAUUCUGCACCAGCUCCAUUGACAACCCGAUCCUGCUGCUCCAGCUGAAGCCCGAGGUCAUUGCGUCGAGAAGACUCACCGCCGAGGACCAGAAUAGGCUGCUGCAGGAGUGUGUUGAUGAGUCACUAGCCAACGGUGUCUGGAUCACGCGUCUCAAGAUCCAGCCCGUACUCAAUACUAUCGGGCCCAAGGAAAACAUCACGAUCCAGCCCGCGCUCAAGGUCUGUGUCACUUCUGGUCUGUCGAAAAAGGACAUUGAACGGGCCGGGACCACGAUUCGCCAUGCCAUCACCAAGGUGAUGAAGAGCAACGCCAAGCUUUCGCCGGCCGCUGCGGCUGCUUAG